AUGGGGAUUUUUCGGUAUUUUGCUGGUGAAAUCAAGCGUGUCCUUGACAGGACAUACAGAUGUUGGUUACAGACGCAUGAGGAAAUUAUGGUGGACACAGCGACAUGUGCGAUGGCAUUUCGUAUUCUAAGGAUGAACGGAUACGAUGUCUCUUCUGAUGAGCUGUAUCAUGUUGCUGAAGCUUCCGGGUUCCAUAAUGAUUCACUUGGAGGAUAUUUGAAUGAUACAAGAACCUUCUUAGAAUCACACAAGGCUUCUACAGUUAGUAUCUCAGAAGAUGAAUUUAUCCUGGAUACCAUUGGCUCAUGGUCAGGUACCUUACUGAGGGAACAGCUGGGGUCUAGAGGUGCACUAAGGAGAACUACACUCUUUAGAGAGGUGGAACAUGCUCUAGACUGUCCCUUCUACACCACAUUGGACCGUCUAGACCACAGGUGGACCAUCGAAAAUUUCAACGUUACAAGCCACCACAUGCUAGAGACAACAUACUUGUCCAGUCGAUAUACUAGCAGAGAUAUUCUAGCGUUGGCUAUCAGAGACUUCAGUUCCUCUCAGUUUACUUACCAGCAAGAACUUCAGCAACUUGAAAGCUGGGUGAAAGAGUGCAGGCUGGACCAGCUACCAUUUGCACGGCAGAAGUUGGCAUACUUCUACUUGUCUGCUGCUGGAACCAUGUUCCCUCCUGAACUGUCUUAUGCUCGCAUUUUGUGGGCCAAAAAUGGUGUGCUCACAACCAUUGUCGAUGACUUCUUUGAUGUUGGAGGAUCAAAAGAAGAACUUGAAAACCUUGUCACUUUGGUUGAGAUGUGGGACGAACAUCACAAAAUUGAGUUCUACACGGAACAAGUAGAGAUUGUAUUUUCUUCGAUUUACAACUCAGUUAACCAGCUUGGAGCAAAGGCUUCUUUGCUACAAGACCGCAAUGUUACCAAACACCUAAUACAAAUAAUCCCAGAGUCUGUCGUUAAAGAUCCAGAAUACAACGAGUUGUUUAGGCUAAUGAGCACAUGUGGCCGGCUCCUGAAUGAUGUUCAGACAUUCGAGAGGGAGUACGGCGAGGGCAAGCUGAACAGUGUUUCUCUCCUCGUUCUUCAUGGUGGCUGCACAUCCAUAUCAGAGGCUAGAAGGGAGUUACAGAAGCCUAUAGACACAUGCAGGAGAGACCUCCUAAGACUAGUUCUUCGUGAAGAAGGUGCUGUUCCUAGGCCCUGCAAGGAGUUGUUCUGGGAAAUGUGCAAGGUGUGCUACUUCUACUCAGGAAGUGAUGGGUUUAGCUCACCAGUGGAGAAGGCUAGAGAAGUGGAUGCGGUGAUCAAUGAGCCACUAAAGCUCCAAGGAAGCCAUGCAUCGCUGGUCGCUGCCUGUUGUGUGAGAGAAACCAAGCCUCGAUGA